GUGGAAAAAAGGAUAAAAAGGGAUAGAUGAGAAGCUUGAGGGUGACCCACCACCUAAACCACCUUAUAAACCCCUCUUCCAAACUAGCCAUCACAUGACACAAGCACACAACUCGAUCAGUUCCUCUUGGCUAGCUACUAGGCUAGCUAGCUAGUUUCCUCCUUCCUCCAACCCCUCUUUUUCAUCUCAUCUCUCUCUCUCUCUCAUCUCCUAUUGAUGUUUAUUUUCUCUGGUCUCACAACUUGAGAGACUUGUGAAAAGAAACUGAAAUACAGAGAGAUAGAGAUCAUGUCGAUGAGCUUCUUGAGCAUGGUGGAGGCGGAGCUGCCACCGGGGUUCCGGUUCCACCCGAGGGACGACGAGCUCAUCUGCGACUACCUGGCGCCCAAGCUCGGCGGCAAGGUCGGCUUCUCCGGCCGCCGGCCACCCAUGGUCGACGUCGAUCUCAACAAGGUCGAGCCAUGGGAUCUCCCCGUGGCGGCAUCAGUGGGGCCACGGGAGUGGUACUUCUUCAGCCUCAAGGACCGGAAGUACGCGACGGGGCAGCGGACGAACCGGGCGACGGUGUCGGGCUAUUGGAAGGCGACGGGGAAGGACCGGGUGGUGGCGCGGCGAGGGGCGCUGGUGGGGAUGAGGAAGACACUGGUGUUCUACCAGGGGAGGGCGCCCAAGGGCAGGAAGACCGAGUGGGUGAUGCAUGAGUACAGGAUGGAGCCUGCUCUUGACCCAUCCUCAUCCUCCAACUUCUCCUCCAACUCCAAGGAUGAAGAUUGGGUGCUAUGCAGAGUCAUCUGCAAGAAGAAACUAGCAGGAGGAGGUGGCAGCUCCAAGGCAUCAAGGAGCCUGGUCUGCAAUGGCAGCCGUGAGGCUGCGCCAACCACCUCGCCACCACUGCCAGCCCUCAUGGACACCACCCUAGCACAGCUCCAGGCCGCCAUGAACACCACCACCACCACCGGCGCCGGCGCACUUGAGCAGGUGCCCUGCUUCUCCAGCUUCAACAACAACAUUGCCAGCAACAGCAACGGCAAUGGCAACAGCGCUGCUGCUACUGCAGCAGCAGUAGCUCAGCCAUGCUACCUGCCCAUGGCCACAGGCGGCAGCCAUGGCAUGAUGAGCUACCUGGACCAUGGCCUGCUGCCUGAACUGGGCAGCUGCUUUGAUCCUCUCAACAGCGACAAGAAGCUGCUCAAGGCAGUGCUGAGCCAGUUCGGCGGUGACGUGGUGCCAAGCCUGCAGCAUGAGAUGGCUGCCGCUGCCACUGCCACUUCCACUUGGAUGAAUCACUUCUAGGAAAAUCAAUUCAGCAAACCUAAGUACUAUGUUGUUGGUGAUAUAUUGCAUAUAUGAGAGAUAUAUAUACAUAUUGUGUGGUGAAACAUUUAUGUGUGAGUAGUAGAGGAUGCAACAUUUUUUCUGCCUAUCGAUUCAGAUGAGGCAAGGAAAAUUAGGAGUAAAACUCUGUAAUGGCUGUUGUUGAAGUGUGUAUAUUCAGAUGCAGAGGUAUGUCAUGAGUGAUGAGGAGAAUUUCAGAUUGAUCAUUUACAAUAAUUCACAUA